AGUACAGUUUAUAUUCUCCUCCCUAGACAGGAAUCAAAAGAGACAGUUUAGAAUGGUUUAGACCCACACUUUCUUUUAGUUCCCUUCUAGUUCUGGUCUCUGCACCGCUGCUGAUAACUGAUGGAGCUUUUUGAAGAGGCGCUGCAGUAUCUCAUUUCCUCCGGGAUACCAGUGGUGGAAAAUGAUGCUGUGGAUUCAGAAUUCUCUCAUGAUGUGUUUGGGGAUGAGACCGACUGGAUUCCUAACAGCACUGAAGAGGUAGCAGCAUUCCCAGACACACCAAUCUGUAAAAGCCCAGAGGACAUGCUGGACAGAAGACUGCAGCUACUCAGAGAGAUUUUAAUCAGUGAAGAAACCUACCUAAAUGAGUUGGAAACCCUGCUUAUGCCUCUGAAGGCUCUCAGGGCCUCGGCUGGUACAUCCCAGCCUGUGUUGUCCAUUGAGCAGAUCCAGACAGUAUUCUACCAGCUGCCAGAACUCUUAGAUCUUCACACUGAGUUUCACAACAGCCUUAAAGCUAAACUGAAAUUGUAUUCAGAUCUAGAACCAGGCCUCCCCAUGCAACUGCGCCAUGAAGACAUUGACCUGUCUGUGGGAGAAAUUUUCAUCAAAUUUGUGAGCCAGUUAGGAGUGUACCGAGGAUUCAUUGAUAAUUAUGAGAAUGCUGUAAAAAUAGUGAAGAAAUGCACCCAAGCAGACCAACGAUUCCGAAUUCUCGCCCAGAGCAUGAAGACCAAAGGAUCAGACAAUUCCAAAGCCAUGUACACCUUUGAAGCUCUCCUAUACAAGCCUCUGGACAGAGUGACUAAGACUACUCUUGUACUGCACGAUCUGCUAAAACACACUCCAGCUGAUCAUCAUGACAGUGCGGUCCUACAGGAAGCACUACGUGUCUCGAGCAGCUUCCUGUCUGGGGUUAAUGAGGGAUCACAAUGCAAGACAUCUGUCACUCUUAGCAGAGGAGAGAGACGGCAGCUUAUGCGUGAUGGAUUUGUGGUGGAGAUCUUUGAAGGUGGGCGGAGCCUUAGACAUCUUUUUCUCUACACAGAUCUACUACUGUGUGUCAAGCUGAAGUGUGGGACUAUGGGGAGGCAGUCUUACUACAGGUUUUGUUGGUAUAUGCCAAUAGCCGGACUCAAGAUGAACUGGGCAGCAGAGCAGGAAGCAUCAGCUGACCUUCAGCUUAAAAUCAACCACAUGAGAUCAAAAGUGUUCCAAUGGAGGCAAGCGCUACAGCAGUUCACGAAAGAGAAGAAAGAUUCUGUCUCUCGCGCUGCUGAUCGCUGUAGAAGGAAGCUUGAGGAGUAUGAAAUUUGGCUUCUCACCCACAAACCUUCUUUUAUUGUAGAGCUACAUAGCCCAAAGAGCAAGAGUCACAUUAUUCAGUUACAUUCUCUGUAUGAGCUGGACGAGUGGAGAGAAGCAAUUAACAACUGCAAAGCAGAGGCUGUAGAGACAGUGCCACCAGAUUUACUCUCUCUCACCAACUCUUGUGUGAAACUAAGAAUGACUCAACAGCUGCCCCUCUCUUGCCUCAAGCCUGACAACGAAAAGAACAGCAUGUGUGGGAGUGUGUUUGUCAUUGUGCAUUCAGCCUGUGGGUUACAGCAACCUGCCAGUGUCUAUGUGUGUGUAGAAGUUGAUGGCUAUGAGAUUUUUGACAGGAGAGCUCAGACUUGUCUUUCAUCAUACAGUCUAAUGCCACAGUGGGAUCAGGAGCUGGUGUUCAAGGUGGAUGGAACCAAGAACCUCCGCGUGGUGUGUGUUUCUCAGACAGACGAGAACAUUUUGGGCAAAGCUAUGAUAGAGUUAAAUCCUGUUGAUAUGCUAAAAAAGUGGAAGAAAAUGAACAUAAAUAUGGGCUCCAUAGAAGUGAUGCUGUCAGUUAAAUACUCACCCCAUCUGCUUGAGACACCCAGCUCUGCCCCCCUCCAGAACAAGCCUGUGUUCUCUGUGCUGAUUGGAGAUGUAGCAAGACAAGAACGUGUCCUGGUUCCCCAUAUAGUGCGCUCCUGUGUGGAUGAGGUUGAAAGAAGAGGAAUGGUAGAAGAGGGAAUUUACAGAAUUUCGGGAGCCACCAUCGGGAUCCAGGCUCUAAAACUUGCAUUUAACACAAAUUACUGGGAAGCUAUGAGUAAGAUGAGAAAUGUGGAUGUGAAUGUAGUGUCUGGCACGCUUAAGCUAUACUUGAGAGAACUGCCUGAGCCUCUUAUCCCUGCUGCAUAUUUUCAGAGGCUCUCUAAAGCAAUGGAUCUGACUGACCAGGAUCUCAGAGUGAGCACGAUGUUGUCUGAGCUUCAAUCCUUCCCUGACGUCAAUCGCAACACGCUUCUCUUCCUCUUACAUCAUCUUAAACGGGUUGCAGAAAAGGAGGAACUGAAUAAAAUGUCUCUGAGUAACCUUGCCACAGUCUUUGGCCCCACUCUUAUGCGCCCCCCAGUGGCCAGUCUAGAUCAGUGCGGUCCAACAGUGGACAUCUCUCAAGAGGUUGAGGUUCAGGUCCAUGUGAUUUACCGCUAUCUUCAGAUUCCAAAUCUUCCAGAAGCUCUCACUACAAAACCACUUGACACUGAGGAAGACUCAUAAAAGUUUAAAUUGUGGUAUGUGUGUUACGUAUGUGUACACACAUACAGUACAUCAUAGGCAAAAUUAAUUCUUGUCAAAGUUCGAAGGCAGUUACAAAAAAUAUAUACCAUGUAUAUUUAUUUUAUUUAUUUUAAAAAAGAUUCAUUGUAGCAGCUUGCACACUGCCUGUGUAAAUGUAGAAUUUUUUUUUUUUUUUAAUAAUGAAAAUUAAUUGAUUAGUUGUGCCGUUAGAUCAGUUGGUGCAUUUAGAGGUUGUUCUGAGUAUGAGCAGAUUCAUGGAAUGGUAAAAUCUGUCUUUCAGUAUUUAAUGGAAAUAUACGUAAUUACUAAUAUAAAUAUUUGCUUGGUGUAAAUAAAUCACUUUCAUCUAGACAGAGUGUCAACAUCUAGACAUCUAUCCACAAUAAAACUCCUUAAGACUUCACCCUG